CGCCCUGCCCGCCGCCAGCCCGGGCCGCUGCAGGAGUCCUAAGCACCAAAGCAUAUCCAGAAUGCCUGCUUCCAGUUGAAAAUUCCAAGCCCAUGUUUUUAUCCCAAAUGGAUCCUCCUGGAGAAGCUGCAGCACAAGAUGAUCCUUUGGUACUGCUGGAAGAUAGCAGAGGACCUGAAGAUGAUGUUUUUAUUUCUCAGUAUGCUACUGGCCAGAAGGAAGCUCUGAGAGCAGCAUUAAUGCAAAAAACUCAGAUUAUUCCUGUUCAUAAGGAGGUAAAGGUGCAGCUCUUGGGAAAUGCCUCCACAGAAAAAAGGGAAGGUGCUGGGGAUGACACCAGGUCAGCACCCAGGGAAGUUGACUCUGCAACAACCAUUGCAGCAGCCACUGCUGCUGCCAUUGCCACGACAGCUCCACUUCUCAAGGUUCAAAAUGAUUUGGAAGCAAAAGUGAACUCAGUUUCAGAACUGCUUCAGAAACUGCAGGAGACAGACAGGCAGCUGCAACGAGCGUCUGAACAGCAAAAAAACCUGAAGGCUCAACAUGAGGAGCCCCACUACCACCAGAGAGUCAGCAAGCUUGAAAAACAAAUGAAUGCUUUCAUGGUGCAAAGGAUUCAGCACCUGGAAAAGCUACAGGAGCAACAAAUGAAUAUUCAGUCCCAUCUCAUCAGCUCUGCAGUGAACAUCCGUGGGCUGCAGCAGGGUCCUGUGCCUGCCCCUGGGCCCCUGGCAGGGCACUGGGAGAAGCCAGAGCAGAGAUCACUCACAAAUGAAGCACCUUCAUCUCACAGGGGUUUAUUCCCUGCCACUGCUGCACCUGCCCAAGUGUUCCCUGAAGCAUAUUCAAGCACUUUUCCAAGUCAUGGGGUUCAUUCACAAAAAUCUCCUCUAAAGACACCAGUUCCUCGAAGAUAUGUUCCAGAACCUGUACCCAAAAAUGGGAAAAUCUCAGAGAAAGAAAACUCUGUAGUAGAAAAAGAAAAUAUUUCCAAACCUACAAGAGAAGGUGAAGGGAAAGGUCUGGAACACGUUUUGAAUUCUCAAGAAACACUACUAAAGCAAGUAGAAUAUUCCAAGAAGGCAGCAUUAAACAGCAAUGAAAGGAGCUGGCAUUCUGAGAGACACAGACACAAAGCUUUGCCUCCAGAUGCAAUUUCUUCUUUUGAAAGCUACAGUUCAAUUGAGAAAACAGUGCAAAAAGCAGAUCAUUUACUUCAAGAUCUUGGCAAGUUGAGAAGAGAAAUGCACAACAUUCUGCAGGAAGCAAGUACAUGGAAAUCUGACAUGAAUGAUCUUAUUAAGGCAAAAAAUCCUCCUAUUGCACCUGAUCCUCCUGAACAUCAUCUCGUCAGCAAACCAUCCAUCCUUCAAAAUAUCCAAGUGCCAAGGUCUAUACUGACAGAUGCUGAAAGGAUUUUGAGAGGAGUGCAAAACAAUAAAAAAGUCCUUGAGGAGAAUCUGGAAGCUGUUAGUCAUGCAAAAGAUGGAGAUGCCAUCUAUGCUUUCAGUAGCUCCUUGACUACAAACAGAGAUGUCCUGGAAGAGAUUCGUAUCCGAAGAACUGUGGAUGAGAGGAUCAAGGAAAUCAGUGAGGAAAUCCAGGCUGAAAUGGCAAGAAAUUAUUCAGAACGAGGGAAACAUGAUCAGAAAUGUACCAAGAAAACCCAAAACCUCAGGGCUGCAAAGACCAAGAAAGAAACUAAAGAGAAAACUCAAAACGUCCAAGGAUGCUUGACAAAAAAGCCUUUACCUGUAGCUAAGCCACUGCAGAAGGAAGUGGAAGAUAACACAAGGAAACAGAAGUUUAGAACUUACUUUUCUGAAAAUGUGAAGAGUAAAGAAAGAAGGGCAGAUGGAGCUGUAGGUGGAACUACACUGACCACAUAUGAAGAUUAUCUGUCUCAAGUUUAUGGAAAACCAAUUUACCAGGGCCACCGGAGCACGCUUAAAAAAGGACCUUACCUGAGAUUUAACUCUCCCUCUCCCAAAUCUAAACUGCCCAGACCCAAGCUGAUAGAGACUGUUAGAGGCACAAAGGUGAAGUCAGCAAAGACCCAGACCUGCUCUCACACGCAGAAAGUCAUCAGCAGCCCCAGGAAGAAGAAUCCUCUGUAUGCCCAGCAGAGCCAGUACCUCUUCAGCCCCAGCCAGGAUGUCCCUGCUGCCUCGGGUCCUCUGGAAGGUCACCUCAUUCCCAUGGCUGUUCCACUAGGUCAAACCCAAAGCAGCAACACAUCACUGCAGACUGCAGGAGUAAUCAUAGAUAAACCACACCCUAUCACAGUUACAACCUCUCUUCCUCAAGUGCCACCAAAGCCUCCAGUCGAGGUAAAAAAACCAAAUAUAGCUGUGAUAGAGAUGAGAUCAGAGAAAAAGGACCCACCUCAGCUCUCUGUGCAGGUAUUACCAAAUGUUGAUAUUGACAGUGUUUCAAGUGCCAGUGGGAGUGUAAGUCCUGUUCCUCCAGGCUCUGAGCCUCUGCUCCCUCUUGUCAAUGCUGUAAUACAGGUACUGAUUGUCUGGAGCUGGCAUUCUGAGAGACACAGACACAAAGCUUUGCCUCCAGAUGCAAUUUCUUCUUUUGAAAGCUACAGUUCAAUUGAGAAAACAGUGCAAAAAGCAGAUCAUUUACUUCAAGAUCUUGGCAAGUUGAGAAGAGAAAUGCACAACAUUCUGCAGGAAGCAAGUACAUGGAAAUCUGACAUGAAUGAUCUUAUUAAGGCAAAAAAUCCUCCUGUUGCACCUGAUCCUCCUGAACAUCAUCUCGUCAGCAAACCAUCCAUCCUUCAAAAUAUCCAAGUGCCAAGGUCUAUACUGACAGAUGCUGAAAGGAUUUUGAGAGGAGUGCAAAACAAUAAAAAAGUCCUUGAGGAGAAUCUGGAAGCUGUUAGUCAUGCAAAAGAUGGAGAUGCCAUCUAUGCUUUCAGUAGCUCCUUGACUACAAACAGAGAUGUCCUGGAAGAGAUUCGUAUCCGAAGAACUGUGGAUGAGAGGAUCAAGGAAAUCAGUGAGGAAAUCCAGGCUGAAAUGGCAAGAAAUUAUUCAGAACGAGGGAAACAUGAUCAGAAAUGUACCAAGAAAACCCAAAACCUCAGGGCUGCGAAGACCAAGAAAGAAACUAAAGAGAAAACUCAAAACGUCCAAGGAUGCUUGACAAAAAAGCCUUUACCUGUAGCUAAGCCAUUGCAGAAGGAAGUGGAAGAUAACACAAGGAAACAGAAGUUUAGAACUUACUUUUCUGAAAAUGUGAAGAGUAAAGAAAGAAGGGGAGAUGGAGCUGUAGGUGGAACUACACUGACCACAUAUGAAGAUUAUCUGUCUCAAGUUUAUGGAAAACCCAUUUACCAGGGCCACCGGAGUACGCUUAAAAAAGGACCUUACCUGAGAUUUAACUCUCCCUCUCCCAAAUCUAAACUGCCCAGACCCAAGCUGAUAGAGACUGUUAGAGGCACAAAGGUGAAGUCAGCAAAGACCCAGACCUGCUCUCACACGCAGAAAGUCAUCAGCAGCCCCAGGAAGAAGAAUCCUGUGUAUGCCCAGCAGAGCCAGUACCUCUUCAGCCCCAGCCAGGAUGUCCCUGCUGCCUCGGGUCCUCUGGAAGGUCACCUCAUUCCCAUGGCUGUUCCACUAGGUCAAACCCAAAGCAGCAACACAUCACUGCAGACUGCAGGAGUAAUCAUAGAUAAACCACACCCUAUCACAGUUACAACCUCUCUUCCUCAAGUGCCACCAAAGCCUCCAGUCGAGGUAAAAAAACCAAAUAUAGCUGUGAUAGAGAUGAGAUCAGAGAAAAAGGACCCACCUCAGCUCUCUGUGCAGGUAUUACCAAAUGUUGAUAUUGACAGUGUUUCAAGUGCCAGUGGGAGUGUAAGUCCUGUUCCUCCAGGCUCUGAGCCUCUGCUCCCUCUUGUCAAUGCUGUAAUACAGGCUCCAGAAGAAAUACACAGUGAAGAGGAAGACACAAAGCUCCCAGGAGCUAACUUCAUUGAUGUUACUGAUGUCACACAGGAUCAGGAAGAGGAGAAGGAUGAAAUUCCAGAAAUCCUUGAGCCUCUUCUGGAGCUUAAUGGCCAGUUUAAAGUUGCCUCACCACAAUACAAUGGUCCUGUGUUUCCUCCAGUGGCUUCUGUUCCUCAGCAGCCUGCUGAUAUUUUGGAUGAACUGAUUCAAAGGAGAGAAACUAUAGAAAACAAGUUGAUAAAUUGGGUGGAACAAGAAGUAAUGGCAAAAAUCAUCAGUGAGAUGUGCCCAGCUCAGACAGAAAGGAUGCCCAGCAUUAGCAGCUCCAUAAAGAGUGAAGACAGUGAGACUGUAACCCCUGGCAUUGUUGAAGCUGCAGGUGGUGGAGGAUUUCAGCUCUUUGUCAAUGCUGGUGUCCCUGUGGACUCAGAAAUGAUAAAUCAUUUUGUGAAGGAAGCUCUCAGUGAAACCAUUGCAACCGUGCUGGGAGACAGCCAGGCUCAGAGAGCAGUUCCUGAUCCUCUUCCUCCCAGCACAACCUCAGUGAUGGAGGCUCCUUUGCCUACUCCAGUGCCAACACCCCAGGCCACACCACCACCAACACCACCUUCAGAAAAAGAAUUGCCUCAGGUCAAAACUCCAGAUUCAUCUCCAUCUCCUCCAGAGAUGAGUGGGGAUGUUCGUGGACAUGAAAAAAUUAAAGAAACAGGAGUUGAGAUUGCAGCUGCCACAGGCCCUGUGGUCACUCCUGUGGUCACUCCUGUGGUCACCCCUGUGACCACCCCUCCCCCAGCAGCCACCCCCAGCCCUCCUGCCUCAGAAUGGGGCUCCCAGGCUGAACAAAGGCAAAGUCCAAAGCUUCCAAACCCAUGGGAUGGUGCAGAACUUCCUCUGGAAGAAGAGAACCCCAGUCCUGUCCCUGAAGAACCAUUCUGUCCUAAGACUGUGGAGAUGUCAGUGGCCAAUGAUGAGGAGCCAGAGGCCUUGGUUUCCCCAUCUCAGCAGCUGCCAGGGAGGCCCUUUGAGCCCCUUCCCUGCCCUGCCCUGGUGCCAUCACCUGUGCCCACGGUGAGCUCUGGGGUGUCCAGCCAGGAGAGCAGCCUCACCCCCACAGGGACUGAGACCACGGACAGACCCCUCUCAGAAGGGGAGGUGAUCUUCCCCUAUGGACAUCCACUGCCUGCAGCAGCUGUAGCAGAAGGAGGAUUGUGUCUUCCAAACUUCACUGAGAGCUUAUCCAGUACUCUCCGAGAUGCCAAUGAAAUGGAUUAUGAUCCUCCAAGUGAAGGGCAGGUGGUGAGAAGAAUGGAUAAAGGCUGUCACAGGGAUCCUGUCCUGGCUCUUUUAACCAAAUUAAAUCAAGCACCUGUUUAUGUACAAGAAAGAAUAGACCACUCUGAGGAUUCUGAUGGCAGCAUUGGGGAGGUCAGUGAAGGUCAGAGGCCAAGGCUGUCCAGAGCACAGGAGAGAAUCCUGAUGGGAAAUUGCAUUUUUAUGGAGCAUCCAUCUGCUCAGAGCUCUAGGAACAGACCACGCCAGGGUCUCCGUUCUGCAUCUCCAGGGCAGCUUGCCCAAAUUGGAGCAGAAAUUCUGGGAGAUGCAGAUACAAGUCCUAGUCCAAUGCUUUUGGCUGAACUGGAGUCACAGCCAGGCUCAAAUCCUGCCCUGCCAGCAGCCCAGCCAUGCUGCAGAAUGACACCACCCGCAGAGGAUCUGUCUCAGGAGGAAAGUCAAGGAGCUGCACACGUUCAGGCUGUGAGACCCCGAGUUAUCUUUGUGAGAAGGAAAUCUGAGGAGAUGCAACAAGAAGGAGAGGAUGCUGCCCCUCAUCUGAACCCACAUCUUUCUGGAGCAAGGGUGUCAGUGCAGCUGCCUGGCAUGAGCACAGCUAAUGAAACUCAGAGUCUGAGCAGUGCACGUGGAGAUUCUGAUUCCUCAGGGACAGACACAUUUUAAAGCUUAGGGCUCUUUAUGGCAGUCUCUGUCUGAAGAUGUUGUCACUGGUAUGUUUGUCUGUCUAGUGUGAUAGUCUGGCUGUUCCAUCAAAAUAACAGUCUUUCAGUACUCUUUAUUUUCUACUAUUUUUUCUUAAAAAUUUGUUAUUAUUUUAAAUGAUUCUGUCUGUGAAUAUAUCUAUUUUUAAGCAAAUAAAAUCCAUUUUUUCCAGAA